AUGGUGGGGAGAAGAUGGAGGAAGGUUGGCUGGCAAUCUGGCAGCGGGGCCUUAUCGAUAAGGCGGGCAAGUGAUGACGCCCGCCGAUCACGGGAAGCACCUCGCGUUCUAGCUUCCCACCAACCAGCUCCUUCGCCGCCGUCCCUGAUCCCCGACGGGCUUGACAGGAAGCGCGAUUCCACCCUGCAGGCGGUCGACCUCUUGAAUGGCCUCAUGGGUAACAUACAAAACCCUCCGUCUCGGGCAAAUCGACCCGGUCCCGCCACGCCGCAUCCCUCGCGUCGGCUCACGUACUCUGGCAAGAGAGAUGCUGCGGACAUGAAUGAUGGUUUUGGUCUAUUCCCUCGGACUGUCCCCCCGAAGCCCAGAUACGCCCACGAAACUGAAGUGGUCACUCCGCGUCGGUCAUUAAGGUUCUCGGAACCCGUGCCUGGUGGAUCCACUCGGUAUGAAAGCGAUCAAAUGCUGCAGCCUCCUGGAAGCCCAGAACUAGAGCACGAGUCUGGCGAUCAGUCAGAUGAGCCAGGUGAGGAGCGAUCUACAAAACAGGCCGAAGACGGUUUCGGAGAUGGCACUCAUAUGAUUCCCCCACACACAAGUACUAAGACUGAAACCGAAGACUACUCUUUAAGCGACGCUGAACAUGAUGAUGAAGACAAUGAUAUCUCAUCCCAGAGUGACCAAGAGAUGCUUGAUGGCGAAGAUCUGGCAUCAGAAGUAGAACUUUUCUCGAAUAUUGAUGAGCGUACCCAGCCAUCUAUCGACCGGCCUAGCUCAUCGCCAUCCUCCAGCCAUGAGACUCCUGGUCGUAAACUCAAUACACAACCUGUCAGGGACAUAGCAGCUUCUGAACCAAUCUCAACCGAAUUAAUUGAAGAUACAAGCAGCGAACAGUGGAGAGAUGCACCUGAACAGCCCGCCAAUAGGCGAGACUGCAGCCGCAGUGAUGCUUCCUCGGCAGGGCGAUUACCCACAAUUGCGGUUGAAAUAACUACAACAACGCCUUUAUCAUCCAAGGCUUCAGCAACGGGGGAUCACCGAAUGGGCGGGUCUUUGAGGGAUGAUAAAACGCGUAUACCAGACCAAGAAGUCAAUGAUGCCGGCACCACACAGGACGAAGACCCGCCAUACCAACCUUCAGAGGCGUCCUCGUCAUCGGUGCCUUCUCCCGAGCCUACCUCAUCCGAGGAUGACUUUCAGCAUCAUUCUGCGGAAGCAAGUCCGCAGGUCUCAGACCCACCGCGGCAAUCCACGAAACGAAGACACUCAAUUACGAGCUCACAAGGUACGACCGAAAAUAGGGAGAUACAGCCCGGACGACAAACUACCGGAGUUCGUCAGCAGGCCAAUUCCCGGGUUGUCAGAAAGAGUCCAGCUGAGGGCACCCAGCACUCCCAUGGCGCAAACCAUGAUGGGGCGCAACAUGCUACGGAACCUGCCUCCCAAGGAAGGCCUGCCGUUCUGCAGCGGGCCACAACCCGGAUUGCCACACAGGACGAACCUGCCCAAGACAACUUUGAUGAGCGUAGCCAUAGGCCUGAACGCCCGGAAGAUAGUGCAUGGUUCAAGGAAGCCUCUGAACUCGACGGCCAGCGCUCCAAUUGGAACAAGCUUGUCCAGAGCAUGCAUCCUCGGAACAUAGCUUCCAAUGUCGACCUAAUUGACUUUGGCUUUGAGUCGCUGAAGCGUGAAUUGUCAUCCCUAAUCCAAGUCUACAAAGAUAUUAUCGAGAACUUGGCAUCUGACACUGGGCCGUCAGACUAUGACGUGCGUAACUGCAGCGCGUCGCUUGACCAGGUUGACAAACAAGGACGCCGUCACCUAGAAGAGGCCUACACACUCUCGACUCAAGGGGAUGGAGCGAAAGGCGGAGCACUGGUGGAAGUGUUCGACGCCCAGAUGAUCCCGCUGUUAGUGCGGCUGGUUCUCGUCUGCUUUCAAGCCUACUCCAUGGAUCAUCGACUCUUCCCGGAAGCAUACGGGCAUCUCCAGCAUGCCAUGAGAGUACUGCUCCGGCGGUGUGAUCAGAUCCGCGGUCUUGUCCGAGGACAUUAUGUGGCGUGCCGGGCCGUCAGCCCGGGGUUGCGUCUGCCCCUGCAGCGGCUCCUCGACUCGUUAGAAAAUGGUCGCCUGCAGAAGCGCCACCGACGGGAAGAUGUGGAGGCUGACCGGCACGCGAAGGCGCCGAAAAAAUCGACUCAGAAGGGUCAGUCCAGACCCCCGAACCCGACACAUCAACCACGGACUUGGACGAAAGACCAGGAACUCGCUCUUAUCGAGGGCUUGCAACAGUUCCAGGGUAAGUGCUCCUACUUGGAAAAAGAGAAGUCGGCGGCACGGCAUGCUCACUGGAUGCAUCUAGGCCCGGACCGCUACCGUCGAAUCUGUGAGUUCUACCAAGAUGGCAUUGGCCAACGCGGGGAGAGGGAGGUGCGCAAACAAAGCGAGAAACUGUAUUACCAAAUGCUCCCGAUAAUCCGGGAAAUGGCACGGACGAAAGAAGAACAAUGGGAUUGGGGGGGGACAACACGCGGAAACCCCAGCAAUGACAACCAUGGGAUGAACCCAGCUGGGAGUGACGCCAACCGUGGCCAGCAGGAAGUAGGAAGGAGGCAGCGUUGUUGUGGUCUGAACGCGAGACGGAUUCGAUGGUAG